AUGGAGGAGGUGCUGGAGGAGGUGAUGGAGGUGAUGGUGGGGGUGAUGGAGGAGGUGAUGGAGGAGGUGAUGGAGGUGAUGGUGGAGGUGAUGGCGGUGAUGGUGGAGGUGAUGGAGGAGGUGAUGGAGGAGGUGAUGGAGGUGAUGGUGGAGGUGAUGGAGGAGGUGAUGGCGGUGAUGGUGGAGGUGAUGGAGGAGGUGAUAGAGGAGGUGAUGGAGGAGGUGAUGGAGGAGAUGAUGGAGGAGGUGAUGGAGGAGAUGGAGGAGGUGAGGGAGGUGAUGGAGGUGAUGGAGGAGGUGAUGGAGGAGGUGCUGGAGGAGGUGAUGGAGGAGGUGAGGGAGGUGAUGGUGGAGGUGAUGGAGGAGGUGAUGGUGGAGGUGAUGGAGGAGGUGAUAGAGGAGGUGAUGGAGGAGGUGAUGGAGGAGUUGAUGGAGGAGGUGAUGGAGGAGAUGGAGGAGGUGAGGGAGGUGAUGGAGGUGAUGGAGGAGGUGAUGGAGGAGGUGCUGGAGGAGGUGAUGGAGGAGGUGAGGGAGGUGAUGGUGGAGGUGAUGGAGGAGGUGAUGGCGGUGAUGGUGGAGGUGAUGGAGGAGGUGAUAGAGGAGGUGAUGGAGGAGGUGAUGGAGGAGAUGAUGGAGGAGGUGAUGGAGGAGAUGGAGGAGGUGAGGGAGGUGAUGGAGGUGAUGGAGGAGGUGAUGGAGGAGGUGAUGGAGGAGGUGAGGGAGGUGAUGGAGGAGGUGAGGAUGGACUCGAUUAUGGCCGUGUAG